AGCAUCUCUGUGACGGUAUCCCGGCAUCCAUCGCGUAUCCGCCCCUGGUGAACUCACCGACUGUCCGAGCCGAGGGCAGGCCCCGCCGCAUCAAGCGAACACCAAAACCUCACCCGGGCGCAUUUAUAUCGCGGCCUUACCUUGCGUAACAAUGGAGUCGUCAGGAAGCGCUGUGAGUAACCACGCCCUGGAGUCGACGGGUGGCGGCUGUCAGUGGGAUGUCGGUGACAAGGCCAAACUCUGCCGCUUCCUCUGCUACGGCACCGAGGGAGACUUGUACACGGCCAGAGAGGAGGGCAGCGUGAGCUUGGAGAACGCCGGCGCGCUGCUCUCUUUGCUUCAGGAGGGCCGGGGCUCUGAGGUGGUGGAGGAGAUCAAGAGGUUCUCUCAGGACGGCCGGGCCGUCCGACUGAGCACGGCCAUUUUCGCCCUGGCACUGUGCUCCCAGCAUUCCGAGCUGAAGACCAGACAGGCGGCGUUCAAGGCCGUGAGGGAAGUCUGCCGGGACCCUGCCCAUCUAUUUGCUUUCAUCCAGUACAAAAAGGAACUGAAGGAGGGCAUGAAGUGUGGGAUAUGGGGGCGCGCCCUGAGGAAGGCCGUGUCCGACUGGUACAAUGAGCAAGACGCCAUGAGUCUGGCUGCAGCUGUUACCAAAUGUAAACAGAGAGGAGGCUGGUCGCACCAGGACCUGCUCAGACUCGCCCACACCAAACCAGCUAGAGACGCUAUCGCCUUGAUCAGCAAAUAUGUAACAAAGGGAUGGAAAGAGGUCCAGGAUGCUUAUGCCGACAAAGAGAACUCGGAGGAGGUGGUCAAAGUGCUCUCAUACCUUGAGGUGGUGGAGAAGGUCAAGCACAGCUGCGACGAAACGGAGGUCAUCAUGUUGAUAGAGGAGCACAAGCUGGAGAGGGAGCAGCUGCUGACGGAUCACCUGAAAUCCAAACAGGUCUGGAGAGCUUUGCUGAAGGAAAUGCCCCUCCAUUUAGUGCUAAAAAUCCUGGGAAAGAUGACGUCAAACAAAGUCCUGGAACCGGGAAGCUCAGAAACGGAGAUCGUUUGUGACAGAAUUCAGAGUGAGUCGGCUCUAAAGAAGGCAAAGAUCCACCCUUUCAGCAUACUUCUGGCGUCAGAAAACUACAAAAGAGGCCAAGGCUACCAGGGCAAAACCAAGUGGGAGCCAGACAGCGGCGUCCUUAAAGCCAUGGACUCUGCCUUUUACAAGAGCUUUGCGACCGUGAAGGAAGACGGCCGGCAUGACGCAGACCGUGUCCUGUUCUGUCUGCAGAACGUGGAGCCCGUGGGCAAACGCUUCGUGGUGGCGGUGGACGUGAGCACGUCGCUGAGCAGCGUUGUCCCGGGAACGGCCAUCAGCACUGCCGUCGCCGCCGCUGCCAUCACCAUGAUUUUUGCCCGAACAGAAGCGGAGGUAGACGUGCUGGCCUUCUCUGAGGGAGCCGUGGUCCCGUGCUCUCUCUCCGCUCACAUGACACUCGCUGAGGCCACAGCUGAGCUGGUGAAGAUCCCGAGCGGGAGCACUGACUGCACUCUUCCCAUCACAUGGGCCUUGGAUAACGGGAAAUCUGUGGAUGUUUUCAUCAUUCUCACCAACAACCCAUUGUGGACGUUUACAGUCAGUCCAGUUGAAUCGCUAAAGAAGCACAGGGAGAUUUCAGGGGCCAAUUCCAAAUUGGUGAUGUGUGGGCUGACCUCCAUCGGACAUUCCAUCACAGACACAGAGGACAGGGGCCUGCUCAGUGUCAGUGGCUUCGACCUCGGGGCUUUGAGCGUCAUUCGUAACCUGUCUCAGGAUCUGAUAUGACGGAGCGCCGGGCCUUUCUCUGGGGGACGUCGCGAGAGGGCAAAGAGCGAAAGGCACCCAACGGGCCGGUGUGGCUCACAUCCACAGUGCCCCAAAGGAGCACUAAUCCAAAAGAUGCUUACAUUUCCAUUUCCAAUACCACCUUCUCCUUUUGGUAUUUCGUUGCUCAUAGGAUUGUCAAACGUCCAGCUGGCUGGACAACUGUCUGGAGACAUAACCUGCAAGUUUGUUUUUUUCUAUCAAAUUCGAAAAGCAAGUAUUGAGACGGUGUUGCGUUGUUGCAUGUCAUGCUAUCGUGUCUGUAAAGGGCCGUGUUCUUUCCAUAGGUUCUUGGUGAGACUCUAAUGCCACACAGAUUAAAUGAGAGGAGCUGUGAGUCAGAAUGAUAGAGGUUUACUGCAACAGUAGGUCUAUUUCAAGGUGGUUUUCUUUAGUUUCUUGUAUGUAUCUGUAAUAUGAAUUAGAGGGACUGAUGUUGCGUAUGGAUAAAAUGUGUAUAUAAAAACCGUUCCCUAUAUUUUAUGUAGCGUUCUAAAUUAUUAACAAGAAAAAGACUAAACAAAGCACCAAAAGUUGGCAGAACACCUUUCUGUUAGUUUGCUUUUCUCUGGAAAUUCGUUGGUCAAAAGAUUGUCUGUCUUCUCAACAUUAACAAGUGGGAUUGUUUUUACACAAACCUUGCCUUUGUAGCUUUGUCAAUUUUACUGUUAUACCUAGUAGUUUGUUCUACUUGAACCAUAAAUGAAGACCCUUAGUGCCCUUACAUGUGAUAAUCCUUUAUAUUUAUGUUUUUUUAGGGGAUUGGAGAUGUUUCAUGGCAAACUUUUAAGUCAAGUUGAGAAAUAAGAUCUUCAUGUUUUGGUCUGAAUUCUAUGCAUUACAGUUGGUACCUUACUUUUAAAUGUUCUCAAGACAAAUCACUCCUAUCCAAUAACUGUUUACCUUAAUUAGCUGGUUAUGUAGCUGGUUAUGUUAGCUAGUUUUAACCCCCCCAAAAAAGGUAAAUUUAAUUUUGCAAUACAUGAAAUUAUGCACUAAAACAUUCCGAACAAUAGUAACUGAGCCAUUUAUAGGGAAUUUAGAUUGAUUAGUUAGUAGAGUGGCUCUAAUGAUGUAGUCAACACUAAUUGCUGGCAGCUUAGCCUAAUUUAACACCUGCUGUGGUUUGGUCUUUACGAAGAAAAUAAACGCCUGACUAUGUAACUGUGGAGGAUGUCUGCUCACUGGCUUUUCUACCUACACUUAAAAUGUUCUAAAUAUACAUUCACUGCAGAAAUGUGUGUAGUUUCGCAAAGAAGGUAUGUUCGUUCAGAGUUAUGGUAGCUGCUCACAAAUAUUUUACAACCACGGUUAGUUACCUUUCCAUUAUGUUAUCUGCUAUAUCCAUAUUGUCAAACAAGUGCAUUGGCUAUAGCCACAAUGUAAACUCUUAAUAAACAUUUUGCU